AUGAUAGCCCUGGCUAGCUGGCUGGAAGGAGUUCAUUUCAGGGGCGGCUGGUCAAAGUGUUCGCGGGGCGGAAUGAUGGCCAUAAAAUCAACUUCACAGCUAUUUAGGACGCUUCAUUUAACUCUGAUACCAGCUGGUCCAGGUAGUACUGCUUUGGUUCCUGGCUGUGUCUCUCCUCAUGGUUUGUCAUUGAUCUCGAUGAAUACUAUAACAUUAAUUGAAGGCGAUCAUAAAUAGUAUUAAUUACAUAGAUGAAUGUUAUUUCCCUCCAUAAGGAUAUGAAUAGGAGCUGCACGAAAUGUCUUACCUUGAAAAUAACGUAAAACUGUUCCGUUAGGACGAGGUUUAAAAAGAAUUUCACAAUAAAGGGAAAAAACGAACUCAAUGACAUGAGUACUGUUACCAAUACUUUUCUACUUGGAAUGUAACCAUAACAGUAAUACUGAUAAAAUCAAUUAAUCGAAUGGGUGAGUGUAGAAAUCAUUACUUCUGUCAAAAAAAUGUGAAAAAUCGUUUUUCAAUAAAAAGAAGCUUAGAAAGGCAAGAUGCGU